AUGGAACCAAUCUGUAAAUACUUUUUACUUUCGUUACCAGAAUCGAUUGAUUCCAAAGAUUGGUUGAAACAAUCAUUGAAUAAUGGAGAUUGUCAAUUAAAUGACUUCAAAAUCCCAGAAUUUCAAAUUGGUACAUUGGAUUCAUUAGUUCAAGAAAGUGAAGAGUUAUCGAAGAUUGACGUUCAAUUACAAACUUCAAUUUCUAAAAUUGUUGAUAUCUUGAAUAAUGUGUUGGAAAAUGGAUCAUUCAGAACAGUUAAUUCCAAGAAUGUUUUAGAUUAUGUUGAAACUUUUAAUUGGAAUUCUUCAAAAUAUAGAUUAGAUAAAUCAAUAAAAAGUUUAGUUGAAAUUAUAUCCAAUGAAGCCAUAAAUUUAGAUUCUGAUGUAAGAACUAGUUAUUCCAACUACCAAACAGCUAAAUCUAACUUUUUAGCUGCUGAUAGAAAAAGAAAUGGUGAUUUAUCAAUUAAGUCAUUACAUGAUAUUGUUAAACCAGAAGAUUUCAUCUUGGAUUCCGAAAAUUUGACUACCAUAUUAAUUGCUGUACCAAAAAACAUGAACGAUGAUUUUAAAAAAUCUUAUGAAACCUUAACACCAUUUGUAAUACCAAGAAGUGCAAAAUUAAUUUCAUUCGAUCAAGAAUAUAACUUAUACUCAGUUUCGUUAUUCAAGAAAUAUGAACAAGAUUUCAUCAAUGGGUCAAGAGAAAAGAAAUGGCAACCCAGAAUUGAUUUUACUUACAACGAAGAAAAGUUGAAUGAAAUGAGAAAAGAAUUUGAUUUAACUAAAACCAAUGAACAAAAAUUGAAAAAUGAAUUAAUCAGAUUAGCCAAAACUGCUUACUCUGAAAUCUUAAACAAUUGGAUUCAUAUCAAAGCCAUUAGAACUUAUGUUGAGAGUAUUUUAAGAUAUGGUUUACCUCCUCAAUUCAAUUGUUUCUUAAUCAAAUUUAACAAACAAAACUUCAAGAAUUUCGAUAAAUCCAAAACAGAAUUGAUUAAGAAAUUUGGUUAUUUAGGUGGAGAUGGUUUCGAAAAUGGUUCAAAUUUAAACGAAUAUGCAUCUUUAGUUGACCCAGACUUUGAACCUUUUGUCAUUUAUAAUAUUGAAAUUGUUUAA